AUGGCAGGUGACUUGAAUUUGAAAAAGUCGUGGAAUCCUGCUUUGGUAAAAAACCAGCAAAAAGUAUGGGAACUUGAACAACAGAAACUCAAAGAGCUAAAAGAGUCAAAGGAAAAGAACCUCGAGUUCAAAAAGGAGCAAGAGUACUUGGACCUUUUGAAACUACAAUAUGGUGAAAACUUUAGUAAAGAUCAACUAUCGAGCAAUGAGAAAUUGAAAGUUUCAAAAUUGAGUUGGAUGUAUGAGGAUGUACCGUUUGAAAAACAAGAGUCCGAAGUGACAAACUCGGGUGGGUUUGUUGAAACAACUGCAGAAUUCACGGAGGGCAAAACAGAAGCAGAAAACUUGUUGAGUGGGAAUCGAGCCUUUAAGAAAAGAGACGGCAACGGAUUCACAAGCGAUAGAAUGGAGAAGGUGAUUGGAUUGGGAGCUUUGAAGAAAUCGAGCUCGAGUAGCUAUGGUGACGAUCCAAUGGCACUCAUUCAAAAGCAACAAAUGAAGAAACGCAACCAAGCUCAGAAAGAUGUACUACGCAUUGGGACAGAGAGACGAGAUGACAACGGUUCUAGAUCUUCAACGGGUGAAGGUAGAGGUGACAACAAGUCACGUUUUGGUUCUUCGCAUGGGCUGCACAGUUCAUCAGACAGGCAUAGAAACCAUGAUUCACGAGACAAACACAAGCGUCACAAGCCCAGUGAUGGACAUCGACUGCGCAGAUCUGGAGAAGAGCACUCAUCACGUAGCUCCAGAAAGGAUAGGCAUUCACAUAGAGACCCGCGCCAUUCACACAGAAGCAGAGAUAGAUCACCAGUCAGGUAA